AUGCAGCCAGCAAUGAUGAUGUUUUCCAGUAAAUACUGGGCAAGGAGAGGGCUUUCCCUGGAUUCAGCAGUGCCCGAAGAGCAUCAGCUGCUCGCCAGCUUAACACUAAAUAAAACUAACUCUGGCAAAAAUGAGGACAAAAACGGCAACAAGGGAAGCAGCAAAAAUGACACGGCCACCGAGAGCGGCAAGACGGCGGUCGUGUUCUCCUUGAAAAAUGAAGUUGGUGGAUUGGUCAAAGCGCUGAAGCUCUUCCAGGAAAAACACGUCAACAUGAUUCAUAUUGAGUCCCGGAAAUCCCGGCGGCGAAGUUCGGAAGUUGAAAUCUUUGUGGACUGUGAGUGUGGCAAAACGGAAUUCAAUGAGCUCAUUCAGUCACUGAAAUUUCAAACCACGAUUGUGACGCUGAAUCCACCAGAGAACAUUUGGACGGAGGAAGAAGAGUUGGAGGACGUGCCCUGGUUUCCCCGGAAGAUCUCGGAGUUAGACAGGUGUUCUCACCGAGUUCUCAUGUAUGGUUCGGAGCUGGAUGCCGACCACCCAGGAUUUAAAGACAAUGUCUAUCGGCAGAGAAGGAAGUAUUUUGUGGAUGUAGCCAUGGGUUACAAAUACGGUCAGCCCAUCCCCAGGGUGGAGUACACGGAGGAAGAGACCAAGACGUGGGGAGUCGUGUUCCGGGAGCUCUCCAAACUCUAUCCCACGCACGCUUGCCGGGAGUACUUGAAAAACUUCCCUCUGCUGACGAAACACUGCGGCUACAGGGAGGACAACGUGCCCCAGCUGGAAGACGUCGCGGCGUUUCUGAAAGAAAGAUCAGGCUUCACGGUGAGGCCCGUGGCCGGGUACCUGAGUCCUCGGGACUUCCUGGCGGGACUGGCCUACAGAGUGUUCCACUGCACGCAGUACGUCCGCCACGGCUCGGACCCGCUCUACACCCCGGAGCCAGACACAUGUCAUGAACUCCUGGGACAUGUCCCUCUGCUGGCAGAUCCUAAGUUUGCUCAGUUUUCGCAAGAAAUAGGCCUGGCAUCUCUGGGAGCAUCGGAUGAAGAUGUUCAGAAACUAGCCACAUGCUAUUUCUUCACGAUUGAGUUUGGCCUUUGCAAACAAGAAGGGCAGCUGCGGGCAUAUGGCGCUGGACUGCUUUCCUCCAUUGGAGAAUUAAAGCAUGCUCUUUCUGACAAGGCGUGUGUGAAAGCCUUUGACCCCAAAACAACCUGCUUGCAGGAAUGCCUUAUCACCACCUUCCAGGAAGCCUACUUUGUUUCAGAAAGUUUUGAAGAAGCCAAAGAAAAGAUGAGGGACUUUGCAAAGUCAAUUACCCGUCCCUUCUCAGUCUACUUCAAUCCCUACACUCAGAGUAUUGAAAUUCUGAAGGACACCAGGAGUAUUGAAAAUGUCGUGCAGGACCUCCGCAGCGAUUUGAACACCGUGUGUGAUGCCUUGAACAAAAUGAACCAGUAUCUGGGGAUUUGAUGCCUGGGACCCGUGUCACUGCCAGCAUGAUCUUUUGGGGAAUUAACAACAAUUCAGUGUCAUAUAACACCAAUAGCUUUCUGUGUCAUGGCUUGGCUAGUAAGCACGAAAUUCUGUGUAUUCCUACCUACUUGUAACUUACUGUGAUAAUGUGCGAAACACCAUAAAGAACCCAAUGGCAGAUAGCCACUCGUAUGGAGCAGGUUUAAAUGUCUUAAAUAAAUUUGACAUUCCAGCUUAGUGUCCUUAGCUAAACUGUAGCUAUUGAAAAUUAGUAACAAAUAGCCCUCUUCUGACUCUAGCUUGUGACUUUUUCUUUCUGAGAUCAGAGCCUUUCCUUGUGUUCAUUAGAUAAAAUGAAAAUAGCAGUAAACUGUUUCUAUUUUCUCCAGUGUGAGUGUUUUCACAGCACUAUUUGAGAUAAACUCAGAAUUGUAUGAAACUUCCUAUCACAUUACUAAAAGAUUCAGUAUUCUCUUUCAAAAAUGGAUAGUGAACACACUAGUUGGAAUGGUUUUCAGGAUGAUUAUUUAUACAAUGUAAGAAAAGUAAACUUUUCACACAUAGAAUAUAUAGAUUGCAUUGACCUUAUAGAAACUGAGUUGUGGCAUGCUUCCCAAAAUAUUUUGGAAGAAAAUACUUCCAGAAUGGACAUUAGGAAAGACUAAACAGUAGAGAAUAAAUCUUGGAAGUGUGAAUUUUAUGCUGAAAUAAAGUGAUUACUCUGCUCAGGUGUUUAACCCAUUUCUCUUGUAGAAUAAUAAUAUUCAUAGAGCUUUGAUUUCAGUGGUGUAGAAAUUGAGUCACAGAGAGUUAAGUGAUUUGCUCGGAGUAGCACGGUUAGUCGAGCAUCAAUGUUAACAGCCCAUCACAUCUCACUUUUGGAUUGCUAAGACAUUCAGCUUGGUGUAUGUAUGUACCUAGGAUGUGUAGUCAUAGAAGGGAAAGUAAUGCUUAUCAGAACUAAUGUUUAUCAGUAAAUAGGACUUGGCUUGUUAUCAAGGGUUGACCACAGUACAGAUGUUUCCUCUCACAACCCCAAAUCAUGCUAGGUCUCUGGGAGUCUGGCCACUGGCCCAAAGUUUGGGCAAAUUUAGGUAAGUGAUAGUGAUAUACCACAGGAAGGAAAUCUAAGGAAGAGGGGAUAUAUGUAUACCUACAACUGAUUCACUUUCCUGUACAGC